AUGGGCGGAGGAAACACCCCAAAUGGAGUCAAGGCGCCGAAGCAUGUCUUCCCCGCCGAAGCCGCGUGUAAAGAAUAUGCAGCUUCCCUGGAUGCUGCAGAUACUCUCCGAGAGCUGCGAGAUUUGUUUAUCAUCCCUUCCAAGGCCAAUCUAUCUUCCAAGAAGCUGGCGAAACCAGGCCUUUCCAAAGAGCCAAGCAUUUACUUCUGUGGUAAUUCGCUGGGAAUCCAGCCUAAGGCCGUUGCCAAGUACAUGGAAGCCCAGCUCGACACAUGGUCGUCUAUUGGUGUCUGCGGGCACUUCACCAGUCUCGAGGACUCGCCUUUGAAGCAAUGGCAACUGCUUUCGGAGCAAGCUUCGGCUUCCAUGUGCAAGGUUGUCGGCGCCGCCCCUGAGGAGGUCGCCGCUAUGGGUACUCUCACUAUGAACCUGCACCUCCUCCUCGCAAGUUUCUACAAGCCAACAGAGAAGCGACAGAAGAUUCUUAUGGACUGGAAGGCAUUCCCCAGCGACCAUUAUGCGAUUGAAUCUCAUAUCGCCUGGCACGGUCUCGAUGCCAAGGAAAACAUGGUCCUGAUCGGUCCUGAUGAGGGCCAAUAUGAGAUCCCGACUGAAAAGAUUCUCUCAUACAUUGAUAAGCACGCCGAAGAUGCUGCCGUUCUUCUGCUGCCCGGUAUCCAGUACUACACUGGGCAAUUGUUUGACAUUCCCCGCAUUACUUCGUACGCCCAAUCUCGCGGUCUGAUUGUGGGUUGGGAUCUGGCGCACGCAUAUGGUAAUGUUGAGAUCAAGCUGCACGACUGGAACGUCGAUUUCGCUGCUUGGUGCACAUACAAGUAUGGCAAUGCCGGACCCGGAGCGAUGGGUGGUCUCUUCGUGCACGAGCGCCAUGGCCAGGUGGAUUACAGCGAGGGCGAGGAUGCGCCUAAGUUUCGCCACAGAUUGACUGGCUGGUACGGUGGUGACCGGUCUGUCCGAUUUAAGAUGGAUAACAAAUUCAAGCCCAUUCCUGGAGCUAACGGCUUUGUCAUCUCCAACCCUUCAGUUAUCGAUUUGACAACUCUCUGCGCUGCAUUGUCUGUCUUCGAUCAAACUUCAAUGUCUGACUUGCGUCAGAAAUCGCUGAAGCUGACUGCAUACCUGGAGUUCCUUCUUUUGAAGGAUACUACCGAUGAGACUCGUCAGUUUAAGAUCAUCACACCCUCAGAUCCCCAUUCUCGUGGUGCACAGCUAAGUCUCUUGCUUAAGCCUGGACUUCUGCAUAAGGUUGCUGAAAAGCUGCAAGAUGCGGGCAUUAUUUGCGAUAAGCGUGAGCCGGAUGUUGUUCGUGUGGCGCCUGUGCCUCUUUACAACACCUUCUCUGAGGUAUACACUUUCGUGGAAACAUUUCGUGGGGCUUUGAGUGCAUAG